AUGAAAAAAAGAAGUUUAGACAUUGUCGAUGAAGACGAGGAACGAUUUAAACCAAGAAGACAACCACUUAAAGAUGGCAAGGAGAAAGAAAGAAAAACAUUGGCAGAACUUGAGGAGAAAUUGGCAGAACGUAUGGAAGCUCAAAGGUUAAGACAGGAAGAACGCGAGGAAAAAACAGCAGAACUAAAAGAAGAUCAAAUGUUGAGACAAGAAGAACGCGAGGAGAAAAUAGCAGAACUUAGAGAAGAAAAAAGGUUAGGACAAGAAGAACGUGAACAGAAAAUGGCAGAACUUAGAGAAGAACAAAGAUUGAGACAAGAAGAACGCGAAAAGAAAAUUGCAGAACUUAAAGAAGAACAGAGUUUAAGACAAGAAGAACGCAAACAGAAAAUUGCAGAACUUAAAGAAGAACAAGGGUUAAGACAAGAAGAACUUGAGGAAAGAAUUGCAGAACAUAAGGAAUUCGAAGCAAGCAAGCCAGAUAAAACUCCUGAAGAAAUGGAAAAACUCAGAGAAGAACAAAGGCUGAGACAAGAAGAACGCGAAGAGAAAAUUGCAGAACUUAGAGAAGAACAAAAAUUGAGACAAGAAGAACGCGAAGAGAAAAUGGCAAAACUCAGAGAAGAACAAAGGUUGAGACAAGAAGAACGUGAGCAGAAAAUGGCAGAACUCAAGGAAGCCAAAAUGUUGAGACAAAUAGAACGCGAGGAGAAAAUGGCAGAACUCAAGGAAGCCAAAAUGUUGAGACAAAUAGAACGCGAGGAGAAAAUUGCAGAACUUAAGGAAGUCAAAAGGUUGAGACAAGAAGAACGUAAGAACACAGGAAUAGAUUACGCAGGAAAAAAUUUGGAAUGAAUCAAAUAUGAAUUUUGAUACAUCAAUUGAAAGAACUUAGAAAUAGAACCAAUAUAUACUAGAGCUAUCGAAUAUAAACCUCGAACAUAUAUAAUUUCUAAUGUACAUCAAAUAUGAAUAAACAUGAUGUGAUUAUACUGAAAAAAGCUUAUAUCAUUUUUCAAGGACAAGCAAAGGCAAUGACAUUUUAAUGUCACCAUUGUUU